UCUCCGCAGCAGCGGACAACUCAUUGGCGCCAAACAAGAUGUACUUCUCCGGCUAAUUCCGGCCAGCGCGAUGGGGAGAAAAAAGUCUCUCAAGAAAUCACCGCCGAAGACUCAACAAGCAUCGAUGAUGACUUCUUCCGCCUCAAUUUUUCAUCUCAAUUACAGGAAAACUUCCCUAACUGUUAUGGUAAUUCUCGCAAUAUGUUUGAUAGCUCUCUUAAGCACUUCGACCAGCAAAGAGCGUGUGUUUGGACCGUCUGAUCUUUCAUCUCCCAAUCAGUUGUACACUGGCGAAGUAAUCAACGAGUUCCCUCAUGAUCCCAACGCAUUUACUCAGGGCCUUGUAUAUGCUGAAAACGAUACCUUAUUUGAAUCAACUGGACUUAAUGGACAUUCAUCACUUAGGAGAGUUUCUCUUUCGACCGGUGAGGUAGAAGCUAUACGUGAAAUGCAGCAUUCUGAUUUUGGGGAGGGCUUAACACUACUUGAUGACAGGUUGUUUCAAGUAACUUGGCUGCACAAUACUGGUUAUAUAUAUGACCGACAUAAUAUAAGCAAAUCUGUGGGGUUUACUCAUGAAAUGCAAGAUGGUUGGGGAUUGGCUACUGAUGGAGAAGUUUUAUAUGGGAGUGAUGGAACUUCAGCAUUGUAUCAAAUUGAUCCGCAUACUAUGAAAGUGAUAAGAAAACAUACAGUUGAAUAUCAAGGACACAAAGUGCCAUACAUCAAUGAGCUUGAGUAUGUAAAUGGUGAAGUUUGGGCUAAUGUGUGGAUGACUGAUUGUAUUGCUAGAAUCUCCCCAAAAGAUGGCAUGGUGCUGGGAUGGAUUCUCCUUCCCAAUUUAAGAGAAGGAUUAUUAGCAAGUGGGCACACAAAUAUUGAUGUAUUGAAUGGCAUAGCGUGGGAUGCAGAUAGAAGACGAAUUUUUGUGACUGGUAAACUAUGGCCAAAACUUUAUGAGAUCAAGCUGCAUCCAUUGAAGACCCCAUUUCAGGGAGACAUCAAGAUGAUGUGCAUUCCAUCAAGAGUCCAUUUUUGACUUUCAUGUAUAUCAAUAGUAGAUUUUUUCAUUUCUAAAAGUUCAUGGGAAUUGUGAAAUAUAGUCAGCGCACUCUGGUUGUUUGUUGUUGUCUUGUUGAGGUUGUUAUAGAAUUGAUAAUAAAUAUAUCUAAAAGCACUACAUGUUUCAACACAAAUUUAAUGUAGACGUAUAAAUAAAUUUUAUGAGAACUUGAUUUUAAAAUAAAUAAAAUCACGGGACUUUUCGG